AUGUACGCUUCAUUCUCAGAAGAGGCCCAGAAGAACCGCCUCGAACAGCUACAAGCCGAGGUCAACGAGCUGCAGAAAACACUAGGGGAAAACAAGAACGCUGAGAGGAUAGUGGCCAAUCAUAUCCAGCUCCUGCACCGCUACAACGAGGCCAAGGACGCUGCCCAGAUCUUGAUAGGCAGGCUUGCUAACCUAAAGGGAACGACCGUUCGACAGAUUCACGAAGACAUGGACUUGCUCGACGACGACAAAACCUGA